AUGUGUAGAAAGAUUGCAUAUAAAGAAGUGUAUAGUUCUUCAGACUCUGAAAUGAGCGAACUAAAUGAUAUAGAAAGUAAUAAUAAUAGUAGUGUAGACAUUGGUAUACAGUGUGAAAUCGGCUUAGAAAUAUUUAAAAAUUAUGUCACAAACAAACAAAAAAAUGAUCUUGAUGCAUCUUUUCAUGAAGCUGAAUGGAGUGAUAGUGAUGACAGUUCGGAUAGCAUUGAUGAAAAAAGUUCUGAAGGAACCGAUUUGGAUAUGGACAAAAAACAACUAGACGUUACUGCAGAUGAUAAUAUUGUUUCUUUGAACGAUUGCAUAGUUUUAACUUUUGGACAGAAUAUUUUACAAUUAUUUAAAAUUUGUCAUAUUUGUGGAAAACGCGUAAGUGCAGUGACCCAUUCAAAACGAGGAUCAAUGGUAAUCAUAAAAACUGUUUGCGUAGCUGAACAUAUUUUUAACUGGCGCUCUCAGCCUAUAGAGAAUAAAUUUUCUGUAGGAACAAUAAAACUGUGCGCUGCCAUUUAUUCUACAGGUCUGAGUUUUGAAAAUUUUACAAUGUUUGCCAAGGCUAUGGGAUUAUUAACCGUUAGUGCUACAACAUUUUAUUCAGUAGUUCGGCGUUUUGUAGGACCUGUCAUACGCCAGGUUUUCAGUGAGCAAAGGAGUGCAAUAUUUGCUUCCCUAAAAUCGGAGGAAAAUGUAGAAACAAGAAUUAGCGGAGAUGGGCAAUACGAUUCGCCUGGUUUUUGUGCUAAAUACGCCACAUAUUCAAUAAUGGACCUGAAUACAACAAAAGUUAUAGACUUUAUGGUCGUUCAAAAAGGUAUGGUUACAGGCGAUUUAGAAAAGGCGGCAUGUGACAAAAUUCUCCAUAAAUUAAUUCAUGAAGAUUUAAAAAUCAGUGUAUUUUUGUCAGACAGACAUCGAGGCAUCCGACAUUUAUUACGUACUAAGUAUUCGGAACUCAAUCACCAGUUUGACGUAUGGCAUAUGGCAAAGAAUUUGGCGAAAAAAAUCAAAACUGUAGAAAAGAAGGCUCCUCUUCUGGCCGCUUGGAAGUCAAGCAUCGUCAAUCACCUAUGGUGGGCAGCACAAACUUGUGGUGGUGAUCCAGAUUUACUUAUAGAAAAAUUCUUGUCGGUUCUACACCAUAUCUGUAAUAUCCAUUCGUGGGAGGGCAACAGGUUUACAGCGUGUCAACAUGAACCUAUAGCCGAAGAAGAUGCAAGAGAUGUAGCAUGGCUAUCGCCUAAAUCCAACGAUUUUACUAUGCUGAAAUCUAUUGUUGACAAUAAGCAGUUUCUAUGUGAUUUACGCCAUGUAAAUUUAUAUUGCCAUACAGGCGCCUUAGAAUCGCAUCAUAAUGAGCGAUUAAAGUACUUGCCAAAAAGAAGUCAUUUCUCUUAUGAUGGUAUGGUUUUGCGAGGUAUGUUAGCAAUAUUGGGCCAUAAUUUUAACGUAUCGAAAGACGUUGUUAGCGACUCUCAAAAGUAUUCGAAGAUCUCGGGAAAAUGGGUGUAUCGGAAGAUAUGCAGAAAAAAAAAUUAUGACUGGAGACAAGAUCUCGUAAAAAAUGUCUGCAGUUUGGCAAGGGGUGACUACGUUGUCGAUGUUGAUCAACAAGCGGAAUACGCUGGAAUGGUAUCUGAAAAUAUUGCACCAGUUAGUAAACCGUCUUUAGAUACCACCCGACAACAAUAUUACUCAAGAUUUGGCUCUACUCCUGUUUAG